AACGUCGCCUGUAAUUAAUCGCGAGGAAUGGCGACGUUCGAGCUCUACAGGAGGUCAACUAUCGGCAUGUGCCUGACCGAGACUCUCGACGAGAUGGUCCAGAACGGUACUCUCAGCCCCGAACUAGCCAUCCAAGUUCUCGUCCAGUUCGACAAGUCUAUGACUGAAGCUCUGGAGACUCAGGUGAAGAGCAAAGUCUCAAUUAAGGGGCAUCUACACACCUACAGGUUCUGCGACAACGUUUGGACCUUUAUCUUACAAGAUGCAAUGUUUAAGAACGAGGAAACUACAGAGAAUGUAGGUCGAGUUAAAAUAGUGGCAUGCGACUCAAAGCUGCUAGCACAAUAAUAAGAUAUCAAGGAUUUGCAUCUUCUUUGUAGUAUAAAGGCUGGUGUAGGGUACAAAACCGUAUUUGUAAAUCCAGCAACCGAAGUUAUUUGCUGAUGCAUGCUUUUUGGGUAAGCAUGGCUUUCUUAGUUCUACAUUUCGUUUCACAUGUAGGCAAUGGUGAUUGGUGAUAUAUUUGGCAAUGAAAUCAUGACGGAAAUUAUGAUUGUGAAAGCAAUCAAGUAUUUAUUCAGCUGACACUGGCAUUAAUAUUUGUACUGGCUUUGAAGGAAA